UUACGAAACGUCAAAAGUUCAUUUGGCCGGCGCCCGAAGAAGUCCGAAUAUUCUAGACAUAGGAUCUGAUUUCCCGGCUUCAAUUGUUUUGUAGAAUUAACUGUUCAAUACAGCAAACAAUAUGUCCGGAGCUUUGAAAAAGAUUAUUCCACUUUUGGACCGCGUUCUUAUCAAAAGAGCAGAAGCUGUAACCAAAACUGCUGGUGGUAUCGUCAUUCCAGAGAAGGCACAGUCGAAGGUACUUCAUGGAGAAGUAGUCGCUGUUGGCACAGGUACCAGAAAAGAAAACGGCGAAUUUAUUCCAGUCCUAGUCAAAGUCGGAGACAAGGUUCUCUUACCUGAAUACGGCGGCACCAAAGUAUCCUUGGAUAAUGAUGAGAAGGAAUACCAUCUGUUCAGGGAAUCUGACAUUCUGGCCAAGAUCGACAACUGAAUAGAUAUAGUACAACCUAAUUUUAAUAUGGAUGGUUCAGUUUUUAGUUAUUAGAAGUUGUAGUGAAUGAACAUGAUAUGAUUGUGUAAUAAUUGGAUGUUGAUGCAUUGAGUUAUCUGUUGCAUUUCUUAUUAUAAUAUUGUUACUAAAAA